AUGAACAAGGGCAAGCAGAUCGAAGGCGCCAUGCCGUCUACUACCAAGAUGCACGGGCGACUCCUCGGAAUUCGGGCUGCCAAGCACCAUGUCCGACAUCACCUCGAUGGCGCCGCCCAAGAGUACGCCAGUCGCAGCAACUCCACCAGCAUCAAGAACCCAGCCGACUUGCUCCGUCCUGGCGACAAGGGCUACAUGGUACGUGGCUCCUCAAUUCGUGUUCUGUCCAGCUAAUGGGCGAUGUAGAGAGCUCUCCCAGUCUCCACUGCUUUCCAAGGAUACCAGAUCCCCCAGUCCUUCUUCGACGACCUCGAGGACGCACGCAUCGCUGCCCGCCACGUCAACUACCAGCAAGCAAUGGACGCCAUCCUGUCCGCGCAGCGUCAACUCCACCAAGCAUAUCACGACAACGUCAUGGUCUUCAUCAACGGUGCGAUCCAACAUCAGGCCGUGAAGCAGCAACGCAAGAGCGGAAGCGGGGUACUGGACAACGAGGGAGACGAGUGUGGAACAGGACCUUCGCGUCGCGCUGGGCAGCCAGUCCGGCCAGUGCCGCACGAGCAGGAAGAAGAUCAGGACAACGACGACUGCUUUCUCACCGACUCGGAAAUGGACGGGCUUGGGGCGGAGUAUGUCGAGAACGAUCAGCUCCCAGGGGAGUCGUCCGAGGACGACCAGUUCGAAGACGAGUUGCCCGAGCAGGAUCAAGACGAAGAAUACGGCGCCUACUACGACUACGGUGAUCAGGACUAG